AAGAACCACCUCCAAUGGCCUGGAUAUGGAUGACACUCGCCUUCGCUUUGCUUGCUUAUCUCUUCUUGCGAUCUUUGCUGUGGAAAACACAGAGCAAGAAGAAAUUGCCUCCUGGUCCAAGAGGAUUUCCGAUUCUUGGAAACCUCCCUUCGUUGGGACAGAACCCUCACCAUGACCUCCACAAACUAGCUCAAAAGUAUGGACCCAUCAUGCACUUACGUUUGGGGUUCGUACCCACGAUCGUCGUCUCGUCGCCCGAAGGGGCUGAGCUAUUCCUCAAGACCCAUGAUCUUGUUUUCGCGAGCCGACCGCGGCAAGAAGCCAUGAAGCAUUUGGCUUAUGAACAAAGAAACUUGUCCUUUUCGCCCUACGGUCCGUACUGGAGGAACAUCCGAAAGAUGUGCACUUUGGAGCUCCUUAGCAACGCCAAGAUCAACUCCUUUGAGUCCAUUCGAAGAGAAGAGGUCAGCUUGUUGGUACGUAUUCUCAGAGACGCAUCUCUUGACCGCGCCGCUGUCAAUCUGAGCAGAAAGAUCUCGUCACUGAGCACCGACAUGAGCUGCCGAAUGAUUUUCGGAAAGAAGUACAUGGAUGAGGAGUUCGACGAGAGAGGGUUUAAGGCUCUGAUCCAAGAAGGGAUGAUAUUGGCCGCGACGCCUAACAUUGGAGAUUAUAUUCCACUCAUGGCUCCGCUUGAUCUUCAAGGGUUGACCCGGCGCAUGAAAGCUGUGAGCAAAGUGUUUGAUGCCUUCUUGGAGAAGAUCGUUGAUGAGCACUUGGAGAACAAGAAAGAGGAAGGGCAGAGCAAAGACUUUGUUGAUGUCAUGUUGGGUUUCAUGGGAUCUAACGAAGGCGAGUACCAUAUUGAGCGGUCCCAUAUCAAAUCCAUAAUGCUGGAUAUGUUGGCGGCCUCCGUGGACACCUCAGCUACAGCAAUAGAGUGGGCACUGUCCGAGCUCAUAAGACAUCCACAAGUGAUGAAGAAACUUCAGCAUGAAGUAAUGAAAGUUGUGGGCAUGAAUAGAAUAGUGAAGGAAUCAGAUAUAGAGAGCUUGGACUACCUAGACAUGGUCAUUAAAGAGACCCUCCGGCUACAUCCUCCCGCCCCGUUGCUUCUUCCACAUGAGUCGAUCGAGGACUGCACGGUCGGCGCCUUCCACAUACCACGCAAGUCUAGGGUCGUUGUGAAUGCAUGGGCAAUCGGAAGAGAUCCACACGUUUGGGGUGACCCCGAGAAGUUCAUCCCGGAGAGGUUUGAAGGGUCAAGUGUUGACGUUCGGGGACAUGACUUUCAGCUUGUGCCUUUUGGGUCUGGUCGUAGAGGAUGCCCAGGGAUGCAAUUGGGCCUAACUGUGAUCCGUAUGGGAUUGGCACAACUUGCGCAUUGCUUUGAUUGGGAGCUUCCGGACGGUAUGUCACCGUCCGAACUCGACAUGAGCGAAGUGUUCGGUCUUACGACCUCUCGAGCUAAGCAUCUAGUGGCCAUACCUUCGUUUCGCCUAAAAACUGUUGAUUAGGGACCAUUCCCAAUCAACCUAUCUUAUGAAGUAGCUAAAGAAGGAAUUAGAAUUUAAGUGCAUGGUGUUAUCCUUUAUGUCAUCAAAAUUACUCUCCAGGCUCCACUACCAUUGUUAGCAAUAUUAUGAUAUUUAG